CUUCGCCCGCGUGCCAUAAGCUCGAAGUGCGGAGUGCGCCGAGAGACGAAACUCCCCGAUACGAUUUUCGCGGGGCACGCGACCCCCUUGCGGUAAUUUAAUUGAUUCGCGAUAUCUGCGCGAAAAUAAUCAACGGACACUGUUGUACCUUGUAUAUUUCUCAGCGAGUAUCCCGUCGGACACGUUUUUCAGACUCGCUCUCACCGCGUUGCAAGCCGAUUAUUAUCCCACGCGUAGAAAGGCGUCCCGGCCUUGUUCUCUUCGUACCCACGCGAUUUUAUAACUCGUAAGAGACAGCAGCCGAGUGCGGCAGUGUGAUUACGUGCAGUUCUUCGUCCUUUGUUUAAGGUGAAGGAUACAAACGCGACAGCGGAUCGUCUCGUGCUUUUACGAAAAACAUAACAUUCGUGGUGUUUUUACAGCAUAAAGAAGAUCGUUUGAACGUUGAAAUUUUCCAAUUUUUCACCACUGUUCGAGCACCGAGUACAUGGGAUAUUUUAAUGCUCGCCGAAAGCUAUCGAGCGUUUCUUUCGAGUGACAAUUUCACUUGGGGUCAGACCAACCGCCAGUGUAACGUACGUGCAGGUUGCAUGUGAACGGGUAAUUAAACCCCCGGGGUUAAAGAAUAUAAAAAUCGUUAAAGUUGGCCGUCGAGUAUCGUCAGUUCGGUUGUGACGGUGCAGCGCGCGGUUUUUACUCAGUGCGAGUCGAAUGAAUCCAGGUCGUGACUUGGCCAGGUUUAGCCACAGUUACAACCCGUCGAAGACGUGAAAAGGCGAGGAAACAAGAAAGGAAGUCUCUCAUCAAAAGGCGUCGGUCGUUCAAUCACCACCAUGUAACACUUCGCACGUUGUUUCAAAGUGUCUCUGCCCGAUUACUUCGCAAAAGAACAGGUCGUCCUGCAGACCUCGGCGUGCAGGAACCCCGCGCAAUAACCUAAAGACGAAGCGAAACCCGGAGUCAAAUUUCACCGUCAUAAGAUGAGGCGACCGAUCGCGGCGGCCGGAACGAGCUGGUAGAUCGUACACAUCGAUUCGGAAUAUCGUCAUCGGCGCGGUGGCGGAGGAAUAUCGGCAUCAGCGGGCGUAGCCGAAGAUAAAAUGCCAAGACCAUCGCGCGAGUCAUACGGCGAACAGAAGCCCCCCUACUCCUACAUCUCGCUUACGGCAAUGGCGAUAUGGUCAUCCCGUGAAAAGAUGCUACCACUCGCUGAGAUAUACAGGUUUAUUGCUGACCGAUUUCCGUACUACCGCCGGGACACGAGACGGUGGCAGAAUUCUCUGAGGCACAAUCUAUCGUUCAACGAUUGCUUCAUCAAGGUUCCCAGGGGUCCUCACACCCCGGGCAAAGGUGCCUACUGGGCGCUCCAUCCAGCGGCGUUAUCGAUGUUCGAGAACGGUUCGUUCCUCCGUCGUCGGAAGCGGUUUAAGCUCCCUAAGGCAGCGAAAGCCGAGAGCCAGGCGUUGGCUGAAACAGCGGCUAGGUUGGCUGCGACGAACAACUGCAGCGGGGCCGAGAGCUUCGGACCUUCGAUUUCGGACAACAAUUCCGGAUCAUUCCACCAUCACCAAGGAAUCAGCCUGACGCAGAGGCAGAUCGACUUCCUCCAGGCGACCUCGAGCUUGGCGGGUCUUCACACCCUUUAUCCUGUCGCUAGAGACCAACGAGCCAUCUCCCUACCACCCGAGUAUCACACUCCUCCAAGGAGCGAGUUCUCCACCGGGUACAACGUCAAGGGGUUUGGCACCUUGGCCCAGUCCGGCACGACUAUUCUUCCCGGCACUGAUUCCGACUCCAGGAUUCUACCUAAACGACCGAAGCCGCUCAAUCCGGCCCACAAAUCUUUCAGCAUCGAGAGCAUCAUCGAGUCCUCGACGGAUUCAACCGCGAGUCGGUCUUCCAGGACAGCGGGACUGUCGAGCAUGAACCCGCUCCUCUCGACCUCGACGUCGGUCGGACUUCUACCGCCGUGGUGCGGACCCAGCAUCUACACCUCAGGUAUGACGACGUCGCCCAGUGUCUACCCUUUGCACCUUCACCAGGCAGCCGCCGUUUACGCCACGGCUUUGGCCACGGCGAACCUCUUUGGUUCUCAUUCGGGACUCCAGGGACCCGGGAAGACAUCGUCGAGCUCUGCACCGACUCCGGCGUCCACCGCGUCCCUCUACGGCCUUUACGCUGCCGGAUUUCCCGCUAUGCUUGGACUCGGUCCUGCCGCUCCUAUUCCUGACACUACCCUCGGCCUAUCGGUGCCCCAUCCCAUCAGCCUCCCACCGACCCCCACGACAUCCCCGACCAUUCUUGCCCUACCCCAACCACCCCGUGGUCCGGACAGCUCGACGACCUCCAGUUACAGUCAGGGUCAAUCUUGCAGAGAUUUGGCGUCCACGUAGUAGCAUGACUACGUUUGUUGCGGACUUGUAACAUGAAUUGGGCGAGACACCGAAGUUGGAGACGCGAAAAUGGUUACCAGACACAAUUAGGGUUACGAGUGUAGUCCCGUAUUUUGCUCGAUGCAUUAAGCGAUUUUGGUACUUGAAGACAUUCUUCCGUUUGAAGACAAUGGAAGCCCGUUGGACUUUCGAAAACCAUCGGUUCUUUUAUUUUCCUCCAAUUCCUUUACUCCUGGUCGAUUUCUCCGCACUGGCGGAUGUUCCAACCCAGUCCUUGUUCAGAAUGCGAUACGCGCUUAUAGUACCUAUCCAUUUUUCUUCGCUCCGGGUCAUGUGCGCAAUUGCAGUCGUUGAUGCUGUUCGGACUCGACGGUGAGACUGAGUCACGUGCAGAAAUACUUCCAGAUUACAGAGCGAGUGCUGCUCCGUGUUUCCUCAGGCUUCUUAGCUUCCCGAUGCGUUUGUGGGAAAUUCUAAACAUUCGUCAAGGCUCGUUAAGAGAUACUUUCAAGGGAAGUUGAGCCCUGGUUUCGGUCCUUCGAGAACUCGUCUCCAGUUCAUAACGAGCAAUCUUUGAACAUUGACUCUCCGCGGCAUGUGACGCGGAUCAGGAUUGGGUGGUUUAAGAGAACUUGGAUCUAAUACCAGGUAGUGAAUCCCGGCGGUAUUCUUGCAGGCCAGUUUACGACUAUGGGAACGGGUUAAAAAUCGGCGUGCCAAUUUGCCGGGAGCAGGUACAAGGCAUAGAGACUUUACGGAGCGUUAGUUGAGGAAUAUCAGCAACGCACUGCGAUAUCAAUUAUCGUUACUUAGCAGUAAAGCGCACCGGCAGCCAAUAGAAGGUUGCACCGCGCGCGCUGAGGAAGAAAAGAAGUAGAGGAAAUUAAAGGAAGCGCGCGAAAAUGAAACGCAGCAAUGAGAGAGGAACUGGAGAAACAAAGGAGGGAGAGAAGAGUUCGAACCUCCCUCGUUCCGUCCGCCCGGUUUCUGCAGACCGUGCGAAUGGGUCAGAUGGGUUCCCUUGGAGUCUAGUCGUUGCGGUUUACGAUCGCGUCGCCUCGCCUAAGUAUCACGUAUUUCGCGUUGGCCAAUGAAAAGUCGUUUUAAAACCGGCACCUGCCAAUCACAGGGCCCGAUUCUGGGCCGACCAAGGAAAGUCGCCCUCUUCUCCCUCCCCUUGCCCCGACCGUUACCGGCAAAUCGAUGACCCGGAGACCCUGCGGAUUCAAAAUAUUGUUAAUCCUGACUUUUAACGGGAUGAAAUCAUACAUUUCUCUCUCCAUGGUGUUAGGGUAUUCCGUUACGUUACGUGAAAACACGAAAAAAGAAAAAAAAUGAUAAUACUAAAACAACUAGCGGUGAUUUAUAGUCAAAUUGUAAUUUAGGAAAAUUCUCAUAGCGUUCGUGUAUUUGUAUUAUAUACCAUACUGUACGAAUAGAAGAAAUACAUACAUUUUCUCACAUUUCCCAGCGGCCGUUCGAAAACCGUAAUAUAUCGCAUUAUACAUGUUUACAUUCACCUGUAUACGACGAUGAUAAUAAUAACAAUAAUAAGAAUAAUGAUAAUAAUAAUAAAACUAAUAAUACCGAUAAUAAUCAUAACAUAAUUGUACAAAUAAAUAUUAAGGGUGAAUGAUU